GCGUACAUCCGGGGCCCGGCCGCUCUGUGCGCUUGCUGAUGCAAGAGAGCUGAGCCGAGCGCGGUGGUGGCGGUAGUAUCUCCGGGAGGCGACGGACUGGCUUUGUGAGCGGCGUCGUAGUGACCGGCUUCGGCGAGUGACCCUCCUCCGAUUCCGUAGCGCGCGCUGUGCGAGCCCGGCCCGCAGCCAUGUCGGGAGACGAGAUGAUUUUUGAUCCCACUAUGAGCAAGAAGAAGAAGAAAAAGAAGAAGCCCUUCAUGCUGGAUGAAGAAGGAGGAGAGACACAAGCAGAAGAGACGCAGUUAUCAGAAACAAAGGAGGUGGAACCAGAACCAGCAGAGGACAAAAAUAUAGAAGCUGAUGAAGAGGACAGUAGGAAGAAAGAUGCAUCAGAUGAUCUGGAUGACUUAAACUUCUUCAACCAAAAGAAAAAGAAGAAGAAAACAAAAAAGAUGUUUGAUAUAGAUGAAGCAGAAGAGGGUAUAAAGGAUUUAAAAAUUGAAGGUGAUUUCCAAGAGCUGGUGGAACCAGAAGAUGACCUUGAUAUCAUGCUUGGCAACAAAAAGAAAAAGAAGAAGAAUAUGAAGUUUCCAGAUGAAGAUGAAAUAUUGGAAAAGGAUGAAGCUCUGGAGGAUGAAGACAGCAAAAAAGAUGAUGGAAUUUCUUUUAGCUUUCAUACUGGACCUGCAUGGGCAGGUUCAGAAAGGGACUACACGUACGAUGAGUUGCUGAAUCGAGUAUUUAACAUAAUGCGGGAAAAGAAUCCAGAUAUGGUAGCUGGAGAAAAAAGAAAAUUCGUCAUGAAACCUCCACAGGUUGUAAGAGUAGGAACCAAGAAAACAUCAUUUGUCAACUUUACAGAUAUCUGUAAACUAUUGCAUCGUCAGCCAAAACAUCUCCUGGCAUUUUUGUUGGCUGAAUUGGGUACAAGUGGCUCAAUAGAUGGUAACAACCAACUUGUAAUCAAAGGACGAUUCCAACAAAAACAGAUAGAAAAUGUUUUGAGAAGAUACAUCAAGGAGUAUGUUACCUGUCAUACGUGUCGGUCACCAGACACAAUUCUACAGAAGGACACAAGAUUAUAUUUCUUGCAGUGUGAGACCUGCCAUUCUCGCUGCUCUGUUGCCAGCAUCAAAACUGGUUUCCAGGCUGUCACAGGCAAGAGAGCGCAGCUCCGUGCCAAAGCUAACUAGUUUGCUAAUUGACACUGGAUUUUGCAAUGUGUUCUGGGGAGAUGUGACUGGACAGGUUUACAAUCGGAGUGGAUUUACCAUUGUAUUAAAAACAAGAUUGUAAAAGAUACCAAGAUAUUUGGCUUUUGAUUGAUUGGUUGGUCUGUGAAAACCUUGCAAGAUGCAGAUCCUCAAGCUUUCACAUACAUUUGCUCACUGAAUAUAUUUUACCAACUGUCAGAGAAACGUGAUGGGAAAGGAGGUGCUUUUUAAUCCAUUCAUAGACUUCUGUAAAAUGCAAGAUAAAUUAAAGUUAUUAUAACAGUGA